GUGUUGACAAGUCAAGCUCUUCACUCAUGCAACAUGAAGAAUACGAAGUGUGGAAAUCGUUGCAGCUGUAUGCCCAAGAAUACGAAAAAAUGUUUCACAGUGUUAACACUAUCAGGCGCCCUUCUGGUUGUCUUCGGUACGGUAUGUUUCAUUAAAGGGGACUGCUGGAUACAGGCCAUCAUAGACUCCAAGCUUGUUAUAAAACCAAACUCUCCUAUUUAUAGACAAUGGAUUUCCCCAACUGUUCCGGUUCGCAUGCAGUUUUUUGUAUUCAACGUAGAGAAUCCGUUGGAAAUGAAGCAGGGGAAACAACCUUAUGUGACUCAGAAGGGACCCUACUGCUACAGAGUUCAUCAAUUGAGAAAAAACAUCACCUGGAAUGACAAUUCUACAGUUUCCUUCAACAAGUUUACCAAGUAUAUCUUCAGCGCCGAGUGCUCUUGUUCCUCGUGUGAUGCAUCUAAGGACACUAUCACACUUCCCAAUGUACCACUGGUUAUUUUGUCCGAGGUUUCAAAAAUGUAUCCUGGAUCUGCUCUGAUUUUCAAUAUCAUUUUCGAGAGGUUCAAGGAAGAAUUCUUUAAAGAAAUCACAGUACACGAGAUGUUAUGGGGAUACAGAGAUCCAGUGUUUCAAUUAUUCUCCGAACUGAGGCGCAAGUUUCACUUGUCUUUUCUCCCAGACAUCGAUCCCAUUUUCCGAAUGAUGUACAACAACACUCUAGAUGGCGUCACCACCGUUCACACGGGAGCAUUGGACAUUUCAAAAGCUGCAGUUUGGACCAUGUGGAAGGGAAAACCAGAUGUAGGCUUGUGGAGCUCCUCCUGGGCAAAUAUGUUCAACGGAAGUGACGGCAUGCAAUUUCCACCCCAAAUUCGUAAGGAUGACACGCUGUACGCGUUUUAUGUUCAGUUGUGCAGGUCUAUGCGAUUUGUGUACGACUCGCAAUUCAAUGUUCACGGUGUGAACACGAUGAGAUUCACAUACCCUGCGGAGUUGUGGCAAAAUGCAAGUGUAAACCCAGCAAACAAAGGGUUCUGUCCUAAUGGCUGUUUUCCUACUGGCAUCCUGGAUGCUAGCGUUUGUAAAAACACUCCAAUUGCAGUACCAGCAAUUGUUGCUUCGGAGCCACACUUCUAUCAAGGCGACCCAGCGCUUGUGAAUGAUGUAGGAGGGCUGAGACCAAACAAAGAAGAACACGGCACCUUUUUUGAUGUAGAACCGCACUUUGGACUUCCUCUGCACUUAAGUUUGAGGCUUCAACUUAACGUCAACAUUAAACCUACCAAAUAUAUUUUUCAAAUGGCGAAUGUGAAAGAGGUCAUCCUUCCGUUAAUUUACUUCAACAACAGUGUCACAGUUGAUUCAUCGACUGUUCACACAGUGAAAACAGUUCUGAUUCCAAUGAAACUCGUUCCUUGGGUCUCUGCAGCUUUUGUUUGUAUUGGAAGCAUUGAAAUUUUAUGCGUCAUCUCCUGGGUGAUCUUUAUUAGAUCCAAAAGAAAGAAACAGCAACCAGUAGAGAAAGAACAAUCGAAAACAAUUAAUGAAGACGAGAACCAGCCACUACUUGGUAAUGGAAAGUAG